AUGGCGGGGAAAGCGGGGGAAGCGCCGGUCAAGCCCAAAGGCGAUCGGGGGGCCAAGAGCCAGGCCGGGGGGACCCCUCCCCACCGGGGUCCCCCACCUCCUCCUCCUCCUCCUCCUCCUCCUCCACCUCCUCCUCCUCCUCCUCCUCCUCCAAGAUGCACCGGCUUUGGCAUCCAGGAGAUCCUGGGCUUGAACAAGGAGCGGCCCCCCCCGGCCAGCCGGCCCCCCGGCCAUCUGCUGACCACCCGCUCCGUCCUCGGCCCGGCGGGGGUCGGGGGCCUGGGACUCCUGGGUCCCGGGGCUCUGCCCGCCUUCUACCCGCCGCCCACCUUCCUGGAGGUGCUGGCCGACCCCCAGGGCGUCCACCUGCAGCCCCUCGACCGGGCGGCCGGGACGCCGGACGCCAGCCAGACCGCCAGCUCAGAUUCCGAGGACGUCUCCUCCAGCGACAGGAAGAUGUCCAAAUCCUCCUUAAACCAGACCAAGAAACGGAAGAAACGGCGACACAGGACCAUCUUCACGUCCUAUCAGCUGGAAGAGUUGGAAAAGGCUUUCAACGAAGCGCACUACCCGGACGUCUACGCCAGGGAGAUGCUGGCCAUGAAAACCGAGCUGCCCGAGGACAGGAUACAGGUCUGGUUCCAGAACCGUCGUGCCAAGUGGAGGAAGCGGGAGAAGUGCUGGGGCCGGAGCAGCGUCAUGGCCGAGUACGGGCUGUACGGCGCCAUGGUCCGCCACUCCAUCCCCCUGCCCGAGUCCAUCCUCAAGUCCGCCAAGGACGGCAUCAUGGAGUCCUGCGCCCCGUGGCUGCUCGUUCAAGAUGGGUUUCCCAUGCCCAGGCGCUUUUCUAAACCCGAAUACCAACAAUUCUUUCUAGGGAUGCACAAAAAGUCUCUGGAGGCAGCGUCCGAGGCGGGGAGGAAGCCCAAGGCGGAGUGCCAGGCCCCGCCCAGGCUCGACAAGAGCGAGAAGGAAGAGGGGGGCCCGGAGCCGCGGGCGGCCAUGUCGCAGGAGGAACUGAGGGAGAACAGCAUUGCCGUCCUCAGGGCCAAAGCUCAGGAGCACAGCACCAGAGUGCUGGGGACGGUGCCCGCCGCCGGCCGCGGCCCGGACCCGAAGCCGGGACGGCGGGGCCGGGAGGAGGAG